AUGAUGAUCCCGAUCCUCAUCACGCUGUUCGGGGUUGGCCUCUAUCUACACCAUGUCAAUUCUGUCAUGAAGGCGGUCCCACCAGAGGCAGAAGAAGCAUCUCCACACCGUUGGACCGUGGACGAAGUCAAAGCCGGAUAUGAAAAGGCCCUCAAAUCUCCCAUCGAUGUCAACAAGAGCCUUCCGCCGAAACAGUCCCGACGCUACGUAGUUGUGGGUGGAUCCGGUCUUGUCGGCGGCUGGAUUGUCUCACACCUUCUCGCCCGGGGCGAAGAUCCCUCUGCGGUCCGUGUGCUAGAUCUCCUGUCACCUACGCAGGAUAUCCUCGACCAAGGUGUGGGCUUUGUCAAAACCAACAUCACAGAUGAAUUGAACGUCACUACCGCUUUCGAGCAGCCAUGGGCAGAGAGCGUGGCCCAGCUCCCCUUGACUGUCUUCCACACAGCAGCCAGUAUCCGCCCACAAGAGCGACUGGAGAUGUUCCUGUCACGGAGUGUCAAGGUGAACGUCGAUGGUACUCGCAACGUUCUCAAUGCUGCGAGACAAGCCAAAGCAUCCUGCUUCGUCUCAACCUCCUCCGGCUCCACCACUCUUCACAGAAUGGGGAUCUGGGUAGCUCCUUGGACGAAACUGCCCAAGCGUGCAUUCCAGGUUCUCAGCGACAAGGCGAAGCUACCAGAGCGUCACGAUGAGUUCUUUGGCAAUUACGCCGUAACCAAAGUGGAAGCGGAGCGAAUGAUUCGCGCAGCCGAUGAUCCUUCGUCGAAUUUCCGCACUGGAUGUAUCCGACCUGCAAAUGGGAUUUAUGGAAUCGGAAGCGAUACGAGUAUGACCCUCACCGGUGUAUACUUGCGCAAACAGGGAAGUCCAACCUGGAUCCGACCCGUCAUUCAAAGCUUCGUCAACGCAGAGAACGUCUCCAUCGCUCACCUCCUCUACGAACAACGACUCCUCGAACAAAGCCAGCCUGGUUCUACUCUCCCGAAUACCGGCGGUCAGUCUUUUGUCGUGACAGAUCCAAACCCAGCCAUUUCCUUCGGCGAUAUAUAUACGCUACUGGAAACUCUAUCGAAAACCCCCGUCUCGUUCCCGACGAUUCCCCCCAUGCCGCUCUUCCUACUCGCGCACCUGAUCGAGUUCUACUCCAUCAUCCAGUUCAAGUACCUACCUUGGCUCUUGCCAAAGAUUCAAGGAGACUUGGACCAAAUACAGCCCUCGCUUUUCUCCAUCUCCGGUGCCUUUUGCGUUGCCGACGACACUCGUGCGAAACAGGCGCCUGAGCUGGGUGGACUCGGCUACAAUCCGCCCCUGACUACCUUGGAGGGAAUGUGCAAGCAACUUGUAGACUGGAAUUCCAAAGCUGGAAUAGCAGACACUGUUGAAAAAAGCUGCCCCGUGGCUGUUACCGAGAAUGGGGUUGAUGUUAAUCUUGUCUCUCCCGGGAUGAAAAUCUAA